GAUCCAGGAUUUCCGAGUGAGAGUCGCCUGAAGCUGUAUGAGAUGUGUACACCCUGACGUGAUCUUGUUACUGGAGCCCAACAGCCUUGUGGUGCACAUGGUGAGGCUGUUCCCCACCUCGGAGUCCAUGUGCAGUGUUCAAACAUUGUCCAACAGAACAGGUCAAUCAAACGAUGAAUGACAGUGGUCAGGCCACUCCCCCUAUCUUAGCAGACCCCCUCUGCUCCCCUCCCCCUCAUCUGUUAGACCUUCCCUCCUCGUCGCCUUCAGCAUCCUCCUCCGGCGCACCUCUGACACCACCUCCUACACCCCCGACGAUAUUCUCACCCUGCCAGAUGACCUUCAGGGAGGCAGUACAGAAUGGGGACACCAUUGAACUCGAAAGGAUUCUGGAGGAGAGGGAGGGAAAAAUUAAUAUAAAUUUAUACGACACCGAAGGUCAAACAGCUCUACAUCAUAGUUGCUUCAAAGGCAACCUUGAGCUUGUCAAACUUCUAGUACGUUUUGGUGCAGACGUGCGCCUGGCUAACAGGGACGGUUGGAACCCGCUACACAUAGCAGCGUACGGCGGACACAAUGAUAUUUUCCUUUUUUUAAUGACGCUCGCAGGCAGGAGAUCAUAGCAGAUAACACACUGUAGGAUAGACUUGUCCUGCAUAUUCCAGUGGUGAAGCCCUCCUCACAAUCUCCAAGACUAAGUGAUUAGUGUACUGCUGAGUGUCAUUCAUUCAGACAGGAUAACUGUGUUAUACAUGGGUGUAUUGUCAUCUGUUCCCGGACGUUCAAGCCAAAAUGGACCCUUGACCACCUCAGACAUUGCUUGCCCUCCCUUGGUCAGGUCAGGUAAAGUUUAAAGGGCAGAGAAAAAGUUGUUUUGGGCUAAAACUGUUUCUUGUGUUGAAUGUAAGGUUUAUAAAAAAAAAGUAAUAUUUUUCUACUUCUCCAAAUUAACUGCUACUUCUAGAGUACUUUUAAACUUAAAAUACGUACAUGAAAAAUAUAUUUGUUUUUGCAUUAUAUAUAUAUAUAUAUAUGUAUUUUUAUUAUUCAUCUGAAUCUGCCAGUUGUUCAUUGAACAAAAUGUUAUAAGUUUGAUGCAUAUAAAGAAUGGGUGGAUGCUUGGACUUGUACGUGCUUGUGACAAGGAUGUAGUGAUUACACAUACCUCUGUGUAAUUUAUCACUAUUUGAAUACUCAGAAUGCUGCUAGAUUACGUAUUUAUAUGCAGGGCAAAGAUUCUGUCUCAAGCUUUAUGCUGUUCUAUGUAAAACACAAUGACUGGUUCUCAAACAAAGUUCCACUAUAUGUAUAUAUGCACACAAUUUUUUUUUUGUAUUACCAUAAAUGUAUGUGUAGUCAUCAGGAGCACAACCACAUUAUUGCCAUUAGUUAUUUUAUAAAUAAUUGAAAUAUUUAUGUACAAAGCUAGUGGUAGAUAGUUAUUUAUUUCUGAUGUAGGAUUCAAAGUUGAAUGCAAGUCUUUUUUUAAAAGUACACUUCCAACUAACCUGAGAUUUGUGAAUCUAGUUUUCCCCACCCUCUU